UCAACACAUUAGCUGAGAGUACAGAAUGUCAUAUGGUUAUAUCCAGAAAUUAUUGAUCAGAAUAUUAACUUAGACAUUUGGAAAAUAAUUUGACAGUGACUUCAAGCCACAGUUUGGCCCAUGCUGUCCAGAUAAGAAUAAUAUACACAGAGAUACAUAAUCAUCUGGAGAUAUUAACACUAUGGACGGUGCUCCACUUUUAAAACGGCCAAAGCCAACUGACAAUGAAGAGGAACUGUUUCGUAUGCAAGAAGAGUUUUUGAGCAACAAACAGCAACCAUCUGCGAAAGUAAUUAAUCUACGAGGUUCUACAAAUACAUUCGGCCCUUCGGAACCGUCUAAGAGCCAACCAGAUACCAGCAAAGUCAGAUCAAGAUAUUCUCAGCUGAAAAAGCUUAGAACACAGGACAGAGUUUCCACUUCGCAAAGCGAUGGUGAAGUUUUAAAUCCUGUAAUUAACGAAAGAAUUCAGGAAAAUUUGAAUACACGACAGGAGUCUGUGCAAAAUGUACCGAUUGCACCAUCUAGUAUACUAUUGGGAAACAUUGUUGAAAAGAAAUUUAAUUCAUCAAACUAUAACUUUAAUAAAAAGGAAUCUUUGUAUGGUUCGAGCAAAGGCUUUCCAGAAGUAUUUAUUGCCGAAUCCGUGGAGAGCAAAGGCAAGCAGAGUUUAUUUCUACAACAAGUUUCAAGAGAACAAGCAGCAAAUAAAGUAGAUGAACCUGAAAACGUCGUAUCUCUGUCUACCGAUGAAGGUAGCACUGUUAUAGAAGGUUCAUGGUCGAAUGAAAUACACGAAGAGAAUUUGGAAAAACUAAGUCACAUGACGGAGGAAGAUAUACUGAGAGAAAAGAAGAAGCUUGAAAUGACUCUUAAUCCAGAAUUGAUCGAAUUUUUGAGAAACAGAAAGAAUAAAAAGCAGAGAGCAAGCAAAGAUAAAGCAGAGAAACGUGGUAACCUUGAUAAAGAGUCAACCGUGAUCCAUAUGGACGAAGAAAAAUUAACUUCCAAAGAAUCAUCCAUCAUGCAAAAUGAUCCACCCAAAAGCAUCGACAAGAUGGACAUCGAGCACCCUGUAGAAGAGUCUAAUAAAGACAACAGUUCCUCCAAAAAUAAUGGUAUGCAAGUAGAUGAGCCCAACAGCAUACCAAAACCAUCCGCAGAAUUACUGGAGCAGGCUAAAAAGAAGGGUUGGGUUCACAUGGAUUCCCUCGAGCCUGUGAAAUUGAAAUGGAUGGAAGAUGUUCCAGCGCAGAGCCAAGAAGAGCCUGCUACAUAUACUGCUCGUUUCGACUUCAACGGAAUCCUGCUGCCCUACACAGACGAAAACGUGUCGCCUGAGAAGGGUCUCCACCACCACGGUGAAGAGCCCGACCGGCCCGGUUAUUCUUUACAAGAACUGUUACAACUGAGCAGAUCCUCCUCGCAGCAGCAGCGGUGCACCGCCCUCACGACAUUAGCGAACAUAAUCGAGAAGACCCGCAAGGGUUGGUACGACAAAGCACUGCAGCCAGGACCAAUGACCGCACUGAACCAAGUCAAUCUAAUGAUCAUGCUAAGAUUCUCGUUGGACGACACACCUGUGGCCGUGAUCACAGCGACUCUGCAAGCCCUACGAGCCUUGUUAUACAGCGAGGUGGACGAGGUCUGCCUGGACAGGCUGUACGGCUUCGACAACUACAAAGAACCGGUUCUAAAGCCACCUGGCACCGAUCAACCGGACACCAGUGACCUGAAGGACCACGAACUGGCCCAGCUGGACGCUGUGGCUAGUUUACUAAGGACCGACAUACUCUCACGCAUCAGGUACAUCCUAAGCGAAAUCCGGCCGCCGCCAGUCGGUGUAACCUGCGCCUUCGAGGUCCUCACGAGGCUCGCGAGGCACUCGCCCAUCACCGCACUGAACGUCGCAUCCGCUCCGCACCUAUUGGACACAAUUGUUGAGCAUUUCCUGCCGCUCUCGCCGAACUCGUUAGCGACGCUCGACGCAAUAGACAAUGUCUAUGGUGUCCCAGUGACCGCCGCCAUCAGGUUCUGCCGGGUCCUGCUAUGCUACGGCGGCAAACCCGUCGCGCUGAAGCUGAACAGACUGCAGAUCAUGCAACGCAUCUUGUCAUACAUCAGCUGCGACGCAGGCAAGAGUACCGUCGCCCUCGGCGUCGAGAGCUUGCGCUUCUGGAGAUUAUUGCUGCUCCACGGCGAGGCGACGGACACCCUGACCGGGGCCCAGCUGAUCCUGGUCUCUCAGUUGCAGCUCCUGCUGUGCAACCACGACAUCCAGAGCGCCUCGGAGCUGUCCUGCGAGUACGCCGCGGCUCUGUUAGCCGUCGCCGGCUGCCUGCCGCCUCUCAGAACGAACGUGUCGGUCUUGCUGAGGAAGUGGGUCUCGCAGCUGCGGCACUCCGGCAAUCUGACGCUGACCAAGACGAAGCUGGUCGCGGAGGCCAUCCUGGCGGCCGACGACGUCGCCUGCGUUCGUCUCGGCCCGUCAAGGACGCAGCUAUUCCAGAAACUCUGCUCCACGUCGAAUCUACUCUGCGGCCAUGAUCCAGCCAAGGAGAGAGACCCUUCCUGCAUGCUUCACCUAGGGGUGCUAGCAGAGGACGGCCAGUUGCAGCCAGUCGUCUCCACGCCGUCCUGCUUCCCCUUCCUCGCGACCACUUUCAAUUUAUUUGUUAAUCAAGCCUAUACAGAAGAGAUCUACGGGGUGCUAAGCGAUCCCCAGGUCGAUAAAUAUUUGAGGCAGCUGGUGGCAACCGACUGGAGCUUGGAGAGAUCCUGGUACACAAGGUCGGAGCUGUCCUUCCUCGCCAAUCUGGUCAACGGAGCAGCCCUGGUCAAAGGCAGACUGGAUAACGAGACGGUGCAAAGAGUUUGGAAGGUCGCCGUGAAACUGGUGUCAGCUUUGCCGGCUGACUGUUCUGGUGAUGUCAAGACCAUGCUGAGGAACGCCCUGUCGGAGGAUAGGCUGAGCUUGGGCGCCGUUGCCGACCAGCUGGAGAGGCUGGACCUGGACUCCGGCUUGCGCAGCAUCCGGCUGAACUUCUCUCGCGACGUGGCGGCUGUCUACGAGAGCUACGUGCCAGUGAAUGGGCAAUGGGACCAGGCUGCGAUGCCUAAGGAUUGGAUCUAUCUGCCGGUGGUGCAGGUCUACGCGAAAUGCAGGGACAACGGGAACUGCGACGAGGUCGACGCGGCCGCUGUCUCCGCGGUGCUGAGCUUGGAACUGGCGCUACCGGACCUGGUCGACCAGCUCUCCCAGAGCUUGAGGUUCAGCAGGCUGGUCCUGGUGUACCUGUGCGACACGGUGUACCUCAGCGACGACGUGUCCGCUUUGCUGAGCAGAGCCGUUGCUAAUUUGCUGAGGAGUCAUCAUAAGAGUCUUGACUUUUCGACGCAGCUGCCAGGGCUUAACUCGUUCACCGAUCUGUUCACAGCCAUGUGCGAGCACUUCUGCUCGACCUCAUACGGGGACUACGGGUUUUCGAUGACGCUGAUGGUACCCAUCGCUCAGAGGCACGACGUUCAUUAUAGGAGGUUGCUGUGGUCAGAGCACGCCGGCUCACUGCGCUAUAUCAGGCUGCUUCCGGAGCAGCUGGUCGUUCCUUUGACGGAGUACUUGUAUCCUGUUGAAGAGGACGUGUCGCUGAUCGAGAGCUAUAUUACAGCGCUGAUCCGGGGAACCGUGAGGAAAGAGUGGUGUCCGAUACCUCAUGCUAUUGCUACGCAUCAUUCAGCGAUGUUUUUGAAAAGGUCGAGCAGGAUCGCCGCGAGAAUGAGGACCCAGCUGGCUAAGAUACCUGACAAGGACCUGGCCGCUUUGCUGCUGGAUUAUGAAGCUCCUGCGUCGAGUUGAGCCUCGAGAUUGGACGGUUAACUCUUUGGGAUUGCAGGAAAUAGAGUGGAUCCAUAUUAAACAGAAAUUUUAUUGCGUUUUAUAUUAGAGAAAAUUGGUGUAUUUUUGUUAGUAAAGGAGUCGGAUAAUAUGGAAACAUAAAGGAAUAGUAAUAGUUCAAUUCAAUUUGUUUUGUUGUAGGGUGGGUAAUGGUGUAUUGCUUUUUUGGUAUAUCUGUUAUUUAUUAUCUAUAUUAAUUGUUAACUUUGGUUUGUAUAUUUGGUACAUUUUAAAUUGGUCUAUUUCUUUUAACAAAGGAAUCACAUAAUAUAGAAACAUAAAAGA